GCGGCUCCGCUCGGCUCGGCUCGGCUCGGCUCGGUUCAUCUCGGCUCGGCCCGGCUUGGCUCAUCUCUGCCUCGCUCGGCUCGGUUCAUCUCGGCUCGGCUCGGUUCAUCUCGGCUCGGCUCCGCUCGGCGCGGCCCGGCCAUGGUGGAGCGCUCGGACGAGGCGCCGCUGCUGUUCUGGGCCGAGGGCCCCGCCGUGUCGGCGCCGCCGUCCGCGGCCGAGCCGGGCAGCAGCGGCAGCGGCGGGCGGCGGCUCGGCGGCGGCUGGAGCGCGGCUCCGUGGGACGGCGAGGGGCCGGCGGAGGCGGCGGGGCCGCAGCGGGCCGAGGCGGAGGAGGACCAGAUCGUGGCCGUCUUCGUGGUCACCUUCGACCCCCGCACGGGCAACAUGGUGGAAUGGUGUUUACCCCAAGAUAUAGAUUUGGAAGGUGUGGAAUUCAAAUCCAUGGCAAGUGGGUCCCACAAAAUCCAGUCAGAUUUCAUUUAUUUCCGGAAGGGGCUCUGUUUUGGCCUGGCCUGCUUUGCCAACAUGCCUGUGGAGAGCGAGUUAGAGCGUGGUGCCCGCAUGAAGUCCGUGGGCAUCCUCUCCCCUUCCUACACGCUGCUGUAUAGGUACAUGCACUUUCUGGAGAACCAGGUCAGACACCAGCUGGAAAUGCCAGGACACUACUCCCAUCUAGAGGCAUUCUAUGAUGACAAGAAAGGAGUUCUCCCUGAUAGCAAGGGCACCCCCAGCUCUCAGCAACCUGUCCACUGGCUGCCUUCCAUCCACAGAUACAUGUACCCAGAGAUGAAGAUCACACACCCUGCUGGCUGUAUGUCUCAGUUCAUCAAAUUCUUUGGUGAGCAGAUCCUCGUCCUCUGGAAGUUUGCCCUGCUGCGCAAGCGCAUACUGAUAUUUUCACCACCCCCAGUUGGAGUUGUCUGCUAUAGAGUGUAUUGCUGCUGUUGCCUUGCAAAUGUUUCUCUGCCUGGUCUUGGAGGAACUGUCCCAGAGUCCAAACCAUUCUUCUAUGUGAAUGUGGCAGACAUAGAAAUGCUGGAGACAGAAGUAUCAUACGUGGCCUGUACAACAGAAAAGAUCUUUGAGCAGAAACGGGAUCUCUAUGAUGUCUACGUGGACAACCAGAAUGUGAAGACACAUCAUGAACAUCUACAACCACUCCUGAAAAUCAACAGUGCUGACAAGGAGAAGUACAGACGGCUCAAUGACCAAAGGCAGAUGUUAAUGUAUUCUCAAGAAGUGGGUGAGGAUUGCAGCUCCUGUGAAGAGGACCUUUUUAUCUUGUUUUUCAUGGAGCAGAACAACCGCAUAUUCCAGACGCUGAUGGAGGUAUCAGCCAGCCAGGACAAGACACUGACAGCUGACCAUGCACGAGGCAUGGGCCUGGAUCCCCAAGGGGAUCGAAGCUUCCUUAUGGACCUCCUGGAAGUGUAUGGCAUUGAUGUAAUGCUAGUCAUUGACAACCCCUGCUGCACUUAAACCAAGGGCAAGAGAGAUGGGGAGCAAAGAUCACUUUUUAAAGACUACGGGACAUUGCUUAGGAGGAUCACUGGAACUCACCACAGCCACAGUUAUUUAAUAACUUUAUAUGGAGAGUAUUUAUAAUUUUAAAACAAAAUGUGAUUUUAUUUUCUCACACUCAACUUCCCAGUGAGUACCUGCUCUAAGGUUCUUUUUGGUUUAGUCUCCCUUUCCCUUUCAUUUGUGUUUGUUUUGUCUAGCUAGGACCAGUGGCACCUUUGCACCAAACCUCACUGUUGCCAGUGAUAGCUAGGUUUUGGCCUAGCCUGGAUACCUGAGGGCUGAAGACUUCAGGAAAGCACUUUGUUUGAUGACAACCAAUGUGAAAUGCUAUAGCUGAGCUUUCAGACUUGGCUGGAAAAUCGUCCUAUCAACUCCCCCUUCCACUUGGGGACUGAAGAGGGCUUUAGCACAAGCUGUUAAUGGCCCAAUCUCAUAAAUAGCUCCUACCAAGUUUAUUGGUGGGGACAGUUAAACCAAUGAAAAGAACCAGGACUCCUUUAAACAUUCCUCACCCAACUUUAGGUGAUUUGGAGUCAAGUCACCCUUCCUUGUAAAUGGCAGAAGCAAGUUUGGGAUCAGGGAUGCUACAGGAUCUUCUGAUUUUGCUUACUGGAGCAGCACGGUUUCACUUCCAGCAUCUGAGGUUCUCUAAACUGGCAGAGACUGCACCUACCUAUCUCAUAGCUGGAGAAGAGCACUCUCUCCCCUCAAUCCAUCCCACCACCACCUUUGGCUUUUAGUUGCAUCAUACCUGCUGCUUUGGUUUAAAAUCUUCAAACCAGCAAGAUGGUCUCCCAUUUAACAGGGACCAACACCACUGAGCCACUUUGCAGUCACUUUGUUGUCCAGCCUCAGCUCGGAUGGUGCUGGGCUGGAAGGGUAGAAUAAGAAUGCUUUAACUGUCACUAGCCCUUCCUUUGUAGCUGAUGGGACUUGUUGCUCCUUUGCUUUAACACUGUCUGCUAAUCCUCCUUUUGUUGAGCCUUCAGCACUGCCUGCUGCUAUCCCUGGCUUUCUGUGUGAGAUGGAGAAUAGACCUUUCAGCUGGAACAACUGAAGCUUGCAGGAGGUUCCCUUGGAGUUUGGUAUUACCUGGCACAGCUGCUAGGAGCAAUGUUUAAAAGCAAGUCUGUCUUUUUUUUUCUGGGCAGAGCUGUAGAACCAGAUGAAACAGAUGUUUUCUUAUGCUGUUGAAAGAACAGGAUUCAGUUCCUGAAGGACUAGUCAUUACCUCCAAGAAGGCUGUCCCAGUAAAGAGUAAUCCCUUUGCCAUACAAAAUCCAAGAAUGCUACUGUGGGUUCUAUGUGUGACAUACAGCUUUGCUCCAAAUCCUUCAGCCAGUAGCAACAUCAGCUUUGAGCUGACUGUUCUUCCUGAACUGCGGCUAUAGCUGAUUAUUUGCUGCUUCUAUCAUUACAGAUUUCAGCACCCUUAGAGGCUUUCUGUGCACUGUAGGAAUGCAAACUGUAGCUGAUGUAUCCAUUUGUCCUAGCAUUUUAUAGGAUGAGACAGAGCCUGAACCACUCUAAAGCAGGCCAGCACCUUUUUGUAACAGGUUCUCCAAGCAGACCCUCUGUGAAUUGUCUUCCUCUGGAAAGGAGGAGGCAGUUGUUCCUGCAAUUUGCCUGUCACUCCCUAGCUGCUUUUUCAAGGCUUUGGGAUGUUUUUGUACAGAAGAAAAUAUGCUAUUGUUCAUACUAUAAAUUGCUCACAACAACUGUAACAUCAUCCUUAGAAGGUUGGGGAAAAAAUGGAGAAGGAGGUAAUAACAGCUGAGUAUCGUUUAAUGGAAAGACCAGUCUCUUUUCCUUAAGAAAUGGCUUUGUUUUUAAAUUGAUACCUGAAGUAUAAAAGUGGCCCACAACAUCCACACUUUUUUUCUCUAACUUCCACUUCAGUUUUAACAUGCUGCCUGCAGUAAUGAUCCCUGAGGAAGUACAGCUGAGCUGCCCUUGUAUUGCUGUCACUUCUUCAGACAUCAAAAGAAAAACUGAAACUAGUCACAAGCAAUUUCUCCUCUCACUUUCUUGAAGGUUUGCUACAUGCAGUUUGAAGUUUAGCUGUAAUCAGUUGUUAAUGACUCUAUUUUCUUUGUCAGUAGCUCUUUUGCUAAACUAAACAGAAACAAACCUUUGAUUUAAUGUUGAAAUUUUACAGUCACUGCAGUCAGAGGCUUUCUAACACCCUGCAUUAGAGCACUGUUGUUUACAAACUGUUGAAACAUGAGAUCUAGUAGAUUGCACUGACAUAGCCCACUGAGCAGAAACUCCUGAAAUUCCUAUUUGACAUUUAUUAAAUCUCUGCUUUCCAGAAAUCAGGUCCUCAGUUGUUAGCAGUAGUAUGGGUGCAGAAGCAUCAAAGCAAACAGAUUGCUGCAGCAGCAUCCAUGUGCUACAUCCCGUUGGAUGGCUGCAGCCUAUCUUGCUCUUCCUUGUAAUUUUGUUCUUCCUUGUAAUUUUGCUUCUCUGUCAAGGCUCUCUUGGCAGACAACUGCUACAGAAGUCAGGAAGUUGUCCAACAGAAGACAGAACAAGACGACUUUUCUCUCCUAACCCUUCCUUAUUUGAUUAGCUGCAAAAGUGCUUUCACCUGAACUCCUCUUCUAAAAGAGAGUGCUUUUAUUUUUGUCACAUGUGGAAGGUUCUCGAGAAAUGGGUAAUGGGUACAUAACAGAAACAAAUUGUUAUAGCUUGGGACAUGAAGGAUUGUUCUGUGGAACCAGUGCAACUGAAUUUUAUCUUUCCAGAAGAUACCAUAAUUCAAGGUAAAACAGUUAUGUACAGAUAUUCAAAAUCCCCUCCUGGGCACUCAGUUGGUGCUUUGUUGCAUAGUAGCAGCUGGGAGACAUCUACUGGGUAUGUUUUGAAUCAAAAGAGGGAUGAAAAUGUGACAUAAGAUAGAUAUUGCUGAUUUGUCUUCUCCCUUUGCCUUUACAGUGGUGCCUUCAGUUUCUUGGGUGUAAUGCCUCUGGUCAGUUGCUGUGAUCAGAGCCCAAGUUUGAAUGGUGGUUCAGUAACCAGGUCUGUGCUGUGCCCCUGUGUAUUCUCCAAAACUCAAAUUGUUGGAUAGCCAGUGCAUGUUCUCAGCUUGUACUUGCUUGACUUGAAGCAGGAAACCAAGAGCUUCCUAACUGCAUCUUAACUCAAGCUGCACUAGAAAUGUAUAAUCAAGCAAUGAAUUAUUACUACUUGUACUAUCUGCAUUGAAGGGUAAAGCUUAUGAGAGACAUAAAAGUUUGGUUUUCAAUCUGAACAAGUACCACCAUGCCAGACAUUUAAAUCACCCAAACGUCUUCUCACUGCAAGGCUAGGCCAAGCUGCAUAGAGCCAAUAAAGAACUAUUAUGGAUACUAGGAGAAAGGCACUUUAUGGAAUCAGAACUCAGAUUUGUAUUACAGACAUUCCACUACCUUUUUUCCCAGCAUACAUGAGGUACUUUCUGCAGUGAUCUUAGAGCCAAUGGUCAUGAGUGUUACAGGAGCUGAGCUUGCCUGUUCACCAUCCUUUUGGGCAGAAGAGAGUUCCAUCACCUUUUCAAGAGGAAGUAGCUCCCUGUACAGGUUAUUCAGUAAAGCAGGGUUAUGGUGAUAGCCCAUUUUAACACCUGUCACAGUUAACAAGCAAAAGGCUGGGAGUAGCUGUGGCCCUCCUGGCCACGGACUGUGCAAGGGACAGGCAUGCUUUGCUCAGGGAGGUGCAAAGACAGUGGCUCCUGGAAUAGCAGGGCAAGAGCACUCUACCCCCUAAAGCAGAAUUCUAGGUAAAAAGCAUGCACACUAACCCAAACUCUCAUCCUAGUAAUUUCUUCUAAGUUAGUUGCUAUCUUCUUCCCACCUUCCCAAAACCAGUAGUGUAGUGAUUAUGAGAAAGGACCACAUAAAUGUCUUUUACAAGGGACUGGAAUGUAUUGACUUAACAGUGUGAUCUGUCUAAAACUGAGGGUACUAAAUGCCUAUGAACCAGGAUUUUAGAUCUUGGUUAAUGCAAUAUGUGAUUCAAAUGGGAAUGUUUAAAUGUGGUCAAAAUAAACAGGUGCCUUGAGCUGGUCCAUCAUUAGAUUGUUAUCCCUCCUUUUUAUUUAUGUUACAGUAUUUUAAGCUCUUCUAGAAUGGAUUGUAAGUUGGAGCCAGGAUAAGUGUUUUUGUGAGUGGGACCUAGGAUUCUACUUCCUGUUCCUGUCUUGGAGUUUUACAAAGGAAGAUUUUUGUGUUGCUGUCAGACAGAAACAUGAGAACUGAGUCCUUUCCUCAACACUUUAGAUAGUGGGUUCAGCCCCUGCCUAUUUUAUGUAGUGUCUGUCUCACACCUCCCUUCUGAACGUUGCAAUUCAGAGGUCUAGAAUUACCCUAUACUGCAAGAACUCUGAACUGCAUAGGAAGGAGAAAAACUACUUGAAUGGUAUUUGUACAAGCUACUCAACUUAUGCUGAUAUGAAUAUUUAAAUACUAGCCUAUGUCUCAGAUGAUUCUUGGUACUUCAACAUCAGAACAGCAUCAGCAAUACCAAUUCUGAAGGGAUCUCUUGGUUACCCUCAAGCAAGGAAUCAUAUUGCAAUGGGAGCUAUGGAAAAGAACUAGUGAUUUUCCCUGUAAAAUGGUACAGAUGAACAAGGAGCCAGUUCUCACCAUCUCACCCCUUGCAGCAGGCUGGGUGUAAUUCUAACAGCUCUGAUGUUGUAUGCAUCUUGCAGAUGUGUGGUUGCUCCCAUAGGCCUGUGGCUCUGUAGAGAAACUGCUUACUAAAAACAUGGGUAUUUUUUAAUACAAUUAAAGCUUACCUUUUUGAAAUGGC